UUUUGAGGACUCCUUUAUUUACACGCUAAUGUAUCUGUGUUGCUUAUUGUCGCGAUCUCAAUUCUAGUUUCUAGCAAAGGACCUUCGUAUCUAGGGUUUUGAUAUUGCUCAAAAUCAGAAUUUAGGGUUUCGAUGCGUUGUCUUCCAAAUUUGUCCCAUUUUUUAAUACUCGUUGUUUGAUUUGUUGGGUUUCCAACCCCCCCCUGAUGGGAAUUGGUGGUUUUUCCCUGUUUCAUCAGAAAGUUAUGGUUUUCAGCUUUGCAAUUGAGAGGUUGAUUAUAACCUAUGAUUAGGUGGUUUAGGCCUGGUUUGGAAUAUUAGGUGAGAAAAGAAAAGAUUUGAUUGUGUUUUGCAGAGAGCAAAGAAAACAAAGAAUGUGAAAGAGGGAUAUGGGAAGAGCUUUAAGGGAUUGUGGCCUAAUAUUGACUUCAAAUUCAAGCCUUGGGUUUUCUGGAAGUGAAAACAUCCCGUGUAUUCUGAUCUAAUUGUUGAGCAAUAAAAAGAUGCCAAGUAAGAAAGAAGAGAAAGGUGGUCAUGAUGCAGCGGAAAAAAUUAAGGCUGCUGCUUUGACAGCAGCAAAGGGCCUUAGCCGUGCUCAGGCUGAGCGAGCAGCCGCAGCUGCCGCCAGAAAUGUCAAUGCAUAUGGGCAAAAGGAAGAAGGUCCCAGUAGAUGGCAGGAGCGGAAGGAAGCAAAGAGACAGAUGUAUUUGAUGAGUACCGAGAAACAAGUAAAAUUGGGUGAAAGGAAAGACCUCAAGACAUCAAUGUCUGCCGUUGCUGGCACAACUUCACAAUGCCAGAAAUGUUUCCAAACUGGGCAUUGGACUUACGAAUGCAAGAAUGAAAGGGUUUACAUCUCACGACCCUCUCGUACCCAGCAACUGAAAAAUCCAAAAUUGAGGAUGAAGUUAUCAAUUUCUUAUGAUUUGGAUAACCCAGAUGUUCCAAACGAGCCAAAGGGUGAGAAGCGUUCAAAGAAAAGCAAAAGGAAGCAUAGGUCUGAUACAGAGUCUAGCAGUGAUAGUGAGGCUUCAGUUUUUGAGUCUGAUAGUGGGUCAUCGUCUGUUACUGGAUCAGAUAGUGAUUCAGGCUACAGUUCAUCUACUGAUUCGGAGGAAGAGAGGAGGAAGAGGAAGAAGAAAAAGAAGCAGACAAAGAGGAGGCACCGCCGGCGAUAUAGUUCUUCUUCGGAGUCUUCUGAUUCCGAGUCGGAUUCAGAAUCUGAUUCUGAGAAUAGGAGCAGCCGGAGGAAGAGCAGGAGGCACAGCAGAAAGCACUAGGAAGUUAAAAUAAAGAGGAACAAGUUCUGAUAUAACAUCUGUAUCUUGGGAAUGCAUUGCAUUAUCUCUGCCUACUAGGCUUUUUGUAACUGUGGGGGUUACUAGAUGAUGAUUUUAGGCUUGUUUCAAACUGACCCUCAAUGUAGUAGAUGUUUACCUUUUGGUCUUCUUAGCAAAUGUGUGAUGCAUGUAAUAAUUUGAGACCAGUUGUUGCUUUUCUCUGUUAACCUGUUUUGGUGCUUUUCUACUUUCAUUUCAUAGUUUGGUCAUGUAAUAUGAAGCAGGGAUUCCUUCGUAGUCUUAUUCUUUCUUUCCAAGUUAACAUCUUUCAGUUC